AUGUCUGCGUCUUCGCCCAAAUCGUACGGUGGCGCUGUUGCCGUUGCUCCUGCCGCCGCCGGUGCACCACCUUCCUCUUCUUCUCCUUCCACUUCCGCUUCCACUUCCUCUUCCACUUCUUCCUUGGACUCGUCCCCCGUGUCGUCUUCUUCAACUGCUGCUAGACAUCGACAUCACGCGAGGAGCUACUCGAGCGACGCGCAGCGUUUUCUCGACCAGUCGAAACCGCAACAGGACACCUCGACAACUGUUGGCAUGCUGCCGGUGCGAUCGCGCAAGCCAUCGCCUCCGCGAACCGACGAUGCGACCGACACCGCUGCUGCAAAUGGCGCCUCCUCCUCCCUGGCGCCUUCUACAGAAAAGCGUAUCUCGCCUACGAGAAAGACCUCUCCCCCUCGUAAGGAGAUGUCUCUCGAGGCAGCAACGGCAGAGGAGAUCGAGGCAGAGGAGAAGUUGGCUCUGCUUCGAGAAGCGCAGAAGAACCGACGCCCGCGCAUGAUGCGGCUCACACCUGCAUUUUCCAGCCUGCCUGGCCGAUCGCCACCCAUGUUUCUCUCACAAGAGACCAUGUCGGCGCCCUUAGACCACGUCCGCAUGCAAACUCAACAGCAAGCGCAACGUGCUGAACAGGUUUCAACGCCAGAAGAGAUCAACAAGGUAGCAUUCCCCACCACUGAUGACACGCCGCCGAGCGACAAGUCGACGACACCACUCGAGAGCGAUCCACCAACACCAGUGCAGUCUACGGUGGCGACCUCAUCGCGCAAAUCAAUUGCGCUGCGCAUCAAUGGUGCCAACAAGGAAGAGCCGGGAGUCGGUCUGCAGAUUGACCUUGCCUGUAUUCCCACACCUUCGAUGCAAGAUGCCAACGGGCCCGCUUCGACAUCGUACAUUCCCGACAUGGUCCGAGACCGUAACGGCAACCCGAUCAAACCCUCACUCAAAAGCUCACGCAACUCCGUCGGCAAUCUCUUCAACCGUCCUGGUCGCUCCGACAGCACGCCCGAGCUACCCAUCAGCAUCCGUGCCAAAAGCGUGCCGACGACACCCACGCUCCCAAAGGCGGUUCACUUUGACGCCAAGCUCGAGCAUGUGAAGCUCUUCAAGAAUCGUCAACGGCCAACGGCCGUUUCUCGCGACGGAAGCCCAGAGCAGACGGAGACGGAGACAGAGGAGGAAAAGGACUUUCCAUACAUUUGGCGACGGUCGCAGCAUUCGCCUGUCUCGCCCUCAUCCACCUCGCCCUCCGUUGCGACUCCCCAGCCGUUUGCACCCAACGGCAGCACUUACCGCUCUCGAUCGCCCUCGGCGGCCGAGGAGACGGAGCAGCUCGUCCUUCGUCUGCCCAACUUUCCUUCUUCAACCCGGCUGUCGGUCGAUCGCGAGGUAUUUCUCGAGCGCAUCUUCUUGGCCGAUGACUUGCGCUCCGUCAAGGGCACGGUGCGAGUUCGCAACAUCUCCUUCGAAAAGUGGGUCGCCGUCCGUUACACCCUCGACCACUGGACGACGACCGGCGAGGUAUCGGCCGAGCAUGCAGAGAGCAUCCAAGGCGGCAAUGCCGAUCGAUUCACCUUUUCCAUCAAGCUCAACGAGCUCCUUAACUGGCCUCGAGGCUCGCCCGCGCACGAGACCAAGAGCAUGUUCCUCUGCAUCCGUUACACCGUCUCUGGGGCAGAGCACUGGGACAACAACGAGGGACACAACUACCAGCUUGACUUCCGCAAGCGACAGAUGCCAUCGACGCCCCUCAGCACGCCCAUCACCACUGGUGCGGCCCUACAACCUCCAAAGGCUACCGUGGCAGCCUCGAUCGGCCAGGGGACGGCCAAAUCGCGCGUCUUGGAGAUGGCCAAGAAGGGCGUCCACGGUGGCUCAGCCAAGGGUGGCUUUGCCAUAGAAGAUCUGCGUCGGGAGCUCGACCGCCUUCGUUCAGACGAAGAUGAAGAAGAGGAAGCGACCACUGCCACACAGCUGCGCACGUUUGCCUCGGAAAUGGCCAAGCGCAAGCAGUCGCCUCCUUCUUCGCCAGGCCGCUCGGGCUCCCCCACCCCGUGGACCGCCCGCUACGACUUUGGAGCAUCGCUCAAGAACCCUCGAAGCGGAAGCCGGACCACGGGUCAGGGCCGUGCCGCCGCGCUCGACUACUUUUCGGCAAAGCCAACGACGGCGACGCCCGCGGCAAGCAGCCAAAUGGUCAGAGGCGGCGCAAGCUAUCAGUACGGCGCGAGCCCCAGCACAAGCAGUGGUGCUCCGCCAAUGAAGCCGUCAAUCUCCAUCGAAGGCACAUCACCCAGCAGACAUGCCGAGAUUGCAAAGCCUUCGCCUGACUUCUCCCAUAGAUUUGGCAUGAUCUCGCCCGGUCUCGGCGAUGGUCCCGUCGAGCACCGUCCAGUGUCGACAUCGGCAGGCAAUUCCGUGGAGCAGAGCCCCGAGACGACACCCUCUAGUUCGUCCUUGGGUGUUCCUCGAGGCACUCAUGGUGGCCGCGGUGCCUCGGAACGCUUCUACUCGUUCCCUCCCAACCGCCAUAUGCAGUCGCCUGGCGCCGCGACGCCCCCGGCCGUCGGCAAUGGCAUGGCCGGCUCCCAGGUGGCUCCCGUCGUUGGUGCCGCCUUUUUCGAAGACGCCAUCUUGGCACAGGCCAGGGGCUCGCCGCUCGGUAGUCCCAUCCAGUCUCGAAAGGUACCACCGUCUCCGAGGUCCGUCUCGAGCCGGUUGGCCGAGGUGAAGGCAUCGGAGGAGCACAAGGCAGAGAACGGCCUCAUCGUCGAAGACUACUCUCCGUCGGCCUCGCCUGUCUCGCCGUGCGGAUCACCCAACCCCUUUUCGCCAUCGGUGAGCGUCUCGUCAAACGAGAGUGACACGACCAUCUCGACGCUCGUGCCCGAUGAGCAGCCGCAGCACCGACUUAAGCCUCGCAAAGCCGCCGAUGGACUCUCUGUCUCGAAUGACAGUGCCGAAUCGUCAGACGGAUCCUCUACGCCCGAUGCUCGACAGUCGCGUGAGGCUUCCAUCGACAAUGGCGAGGACGACGAGAGUCACGGGCCUCGCUACCGUCCCGCGAGCAUGAGCGACUACCAGGAGCUCAUCAACCGAUUCUGCUGGAACUCGGAUCUGGUGCCCAGCGGCGGCAGCACCGUUCUCGUCACACCGCCGAGCCGCUCGCCUACCACCACCUUCAGCCCGCCUCUAAGUGGCGCGACUACUCCCACGCUCUGCUAA